AGUCCCAACCCCACACAUUCGACAUGAACUCCCUACUGGUGCUGCUGGCCGUGGUGGCGGUGGCGUCCGCGCUGCCCACGCGCGUCAAGCGCGGCCACAUCGAGGAGCACGGCCACGGCCACGCCACGUCGUACCAGAACUUCAACCUGGAGAGCUACCACCCCGUGCCCGUCUACAAGAAGCACGAGCACGUCGUCCACAAGGCGUCCUACGAGCACCUCUCUUCGGACGACGGCGACCUCGGCGGCCACGCCGCGCUGAGCCUCGGCGAGCACGACGAGGGCUACGGCCUGGGCGAGGGCUCCUACCACCGCUCGUCGCUCACCGACGGCACGGACCACGGCGACGACGGGUACGCGCACCUCGGCGCGGCCGCGGUGUCCGAGGACGCCGAGGAGGGCUACGAGGGCCACGGCAGCUACUAAGGGUCGGCGGCAAGUCACUUCGCUCCUCGUCCUCAUCUUCACCCCCAUGUUCAUCUCGUGGCGUCGUCAGCGUUCGCGUUUCUUCUGUUUCCGGAAAGCAUGCGCGGAUCCAGGGGGAUGUCCCCAUCACCACUUUGGCCCUAAAGGCGGCGAAACCACCUGGAAAGUAGGACUUUGCCCCUAAAGAAUGGCCAAAAGUCGGACUUUGCCCUUAUAGAAUGGCCAAAAGUCGGACUUUGCCCCUAUAGAAUGGUCAAAAGUCGGACUUUGUCCCAUGGAUAGGCGAAAAGCCGGACUUUGCCCUGGAUAGGCGAAAAGUUAGACUUUGCCCCUAAAGAUAGGCGAAAAGUCGGACUUUGCACGUGUAGAUAGGCAACUUUUGCGACAUCACCUUUUUUGAAUCCUCCCUCUGGAUCCGCCCUUCGAAAGACGUGACGUCUGCAGCGCAGUCCUGCAUGCCCUGUGCCGCCCCUCUCACAGGGCGACGGGUGCGAAGAAGUCAUUACCGUUCUCACCGUCAUAUUCACCAUCAUCUUCAUCGUCACCUACAACAGAACAAAGAAAAUCGUCACUCUAUCAUCAUUGAAUCAUCAUUGAACCAUUAUUGAAUCAUCAUUGAAUCAUCAAUGUAUCAUCACGAAUCAUUGCUCGAUUUCCAUGUUCGCCUUCACGACAAACUAUUCUCUGCUGUUGCAGUCGGCCUGCCAGUACGUAAAGAGUUACUCCGCUCGCCUCUGUAUUGUGAUAAUUCAUGUAAGGAUUUAUUUCCACCAAAUCUCGGAAUCGGGAUUUUCUAGGUGUAUUUUUUUACGACUGUUGACUGUGUUUAUUUAGUGUUGUUUAGUGAUUAAGUCUGUUUAUCCGCGAUGUGCGGUUCCUUUUUUAUACAAUAAAAACUCGU